AUGCAUUAUAUGCCUGGCAAGCGACUCGAUGAAAAGCUCUCUAUCGCCUCCGAGCUUCACUCCUACAUAAAUCAACUUCGCGACUUGAAGGGUGACUAUAUCGGAGCUAUUGAUCGUGGCAAAGCUGUAAUUGGACAAAUUGCAUCAAUUGAAGGCGGUCCGUUCGAUUCCGAGCAGCAGUUCAACGAUUUUAUUCUGGGAGAUAUUGUCAAGUCAGCACCAGACAUACUGCGAAAUCAUGCCAAAUUUGCGCUUAUGGAUGACCAUGAGAUUGUUUUUACUCACGCCGAUUUUUCCCCGCGUAAUACCCUGAUCGAAGGAGGACGCGUCACAGCUAUCCUUGACUGGGAAUAUGCUGGCUGGUAUCCGGAACACUGGGAAUAUAUCCAGGCGCUUCGGCAACUGAAGCCGAUGCCCGACAGGCCAGAAUAUCUGUCACGUAUUCUUCCACCCCGGUACGAGAGAGAAUACAUAGGCAUGUCCUUCCUAGCUCGUCUCUUACGCCAUUAG